UCCAGCUUUUGUCAAAUUUGACGACCUUUGAUGUGCUCGAUGAUUUUGUGCUGUGUGCAAGGUGUUACGUCAUUACUUCGAGUGGGAGUUGAGGCUCACGAGACGGUGUGUUCUCAGUUUAUUCAUGUGCUUAGGUUUUUCGAUAUUUGUUUAACUUUAAUUUUGGCAGGGAUAUCUACWCUUUGCUUAGUUAACGAUUGAAUUUAAAAUAGAAUUCUGAAAUAUCACUGUUGGUGGAGAAAAUGAGUGUUGAGGCGUACGGGCCGAGCUCGCAGACUCUCACGUUCCUGGACACUGAGGAAGCGGAGUUGCUUGGAGCAGAUACCCAGGGUUCGGAGUAUGAGUUCACGGAUUUUACCCUGCCGAGCCAGACUCAAACAGGCCAAACGCAGAGUCAGUUGGAAAAUCAGGUGAAUGGGCCUGAUGGAGUUCUGCAGAAUGGGGAUGACCCUGUUGUGAAAGCAAGUCAACUUCUUGCAGAGUUGAACUUUGAAGAAGACGAGGAAGACAGCUAUUAUACUAAAGACCUCCCAGUCCAUGCAUGCAGUUACUGUGGCAUUCAUGAUCCUGCGUGCGUGGUGUAUUGCAACACCAGCAAGAAGUGGUUUUGCAAUGGACGUGGCAAUACAUCUGGCAGCCACAUUGUGAACCACCUGGUCAGAGCCAAGUCCAAGGAGGUGACUCUGCACAAGGAUGGUCCUUUGGGGGAGACUGUGCUGGAGUGCUACAACUGUGGCUGUCGCAACGUCUUCCUCCUGGGGUUCAUCCCUGCCAAGGCAGACUCUGUGGUGGUACUGCUUUGCAGGCAGCCAUGUGCCAGUCAGAGCAGUCUGAAAGACAUCAACUGGGACAGCUCCCAGUGGCAGCCGCUGAUCCAGGACCGCUGCUUCCUGUCCUGGCUGGUUAAGAUCCCCUCUGAGCAGGAGCAACUCCGGGCCCGCCAGAUCACUGCCCAGCAGAUAAACAAGCUUGAGGAGCUCUGGAAGGAAAACCCCACAGCCACUCUGGAGGACCUGGAGAAGCCCGGCGUGGACGAGGAGCCUCAGCACGUGUUGCUGCGCUACGAGGAUGCCUACCAGUACCAGAACAUCUUUGGCCCCCUGGUCAAACUGGAGGCUGACUACGAUAAGAAACUCAAAGAGUCCCAGACCCAAGACAAUAUUACUGUCAGGUGGGACUUGGGACUCAAUAAAAAGCGGAUUGCUUAUUUCAGCCUUCCCAAGACGGACUCAGGUGACAUGCGCCUGAUGCAGGGAGAUGAGAUUUGCCUGAGGUACAAGGGAGACCUUGCCCCACUCUGGAAAGGCAUUGGACAUGUCAUCAAAGUCCCAGACAACUAUGGCGAUGAGAUAGCCAUUGAGCUGAGGAGCAGUGCUGGGGCUCCCGUGGAAGUACCACACAACUUCCAGGUUGACUUUGUGUGGAAGUCCACCUCCUUUGACCGGAUGCAGAGUGCCCUGAAGACCUUUGCCGUGGACGAGACCUCUGUGUCCGGGUACAUCUACCAUAAGCUGCUGGGUCACGAGGUGGAGGAUGUGGUCAUCAAGUGUCAGCUGCCCAAACGCUUCACCGCCCAGGGCCUGCCUGACCUCAACCACUCACAGGUAUAUGCUGUGAAGACUGUGCUGCAGCGUCCUCUCAGUCUCAUCCAGGGKCCCCCUGGCACAGGGAAAACGGUCACCUCUGCCACUGUAGUGUACCACCUGGCCAGACAGGGCAACGGGCCUGUGCUGGUGUGUGCUCCCAGUAACAUUGCGGUGGACCAGCUGACUGAGAAGAUCCACAUGUCAGGUCUGAAGGUGGUGAGGCUGUCUGCCAAGAGCAGAGAGGCCAUCGACUCCCCUGUGUCCUUCCUGGCUCUGCACAACCAGAUCCGCAACAUGGACAGUAUACCAGAGCUUCAGAAGCUCCAGCAGCUGAAGGACGAGACUGGGGAGCUGUCCUCGUCGGAUGAGAAGCGCUACAGGGCCCUGAAGCGCACCGCCGAGAGGGAACUACUUAUGAAUGCUGAUGUGAUCUGCUGUACCUGUGUGGGGGCAGGAGACCCUCGCCUGGCCAAGAUGCAGUUCCGCUCCAUCCUCAUUGAUGAGAGCACCCAGGCCACUGAGCCAGAGUGUAUGGUGCCUGUCAUACUGGGGGCCAAGCAGUUGAUCCUGGUGGGAGACCACUGCCAGCUGGGUCCAGUAGUGAUGUGUAAGAAGGCCGCCAAGGCGGGCCUGUCCCAGUCCCUGUUUGAGCGUCUGGUGGUGCUGGGCAUCAGGCCCAUCCGUCUGCAGGUGCAGUACCGUAUGCACCCGGCCCUCAGCGCUUUCCCCUCCAACAUCUUCUACGAGGGCUCCCUGCAGAACGGAGUCACCGCAGCUGACCGCAUCAAGAAAGGCUUUGACUUCCAGUGGCCACAACCAGACAAGCCCAUGUUCUUCUACGUGACCCUGGGCCAGGAAGAAAUUGCAAGCUCUGGAACCUCCUAUCUUAACAGAACUGAGGCUUCCAACGUGGAGAAGAUCACCACCAGGCUGCUCAAGGCCGGGGCCAAGCCUGACCAGAUAGGCAUCAUCACCCCCUACGAGGGCCAGAGGUCCUACCUGGUGCAGUACAUGCAGUUUAGCGGCUCCCUCCACACCAAGCUCUACCAGGAGGUGGAGAUAGCCAGCGUUGAUGCGUUCCAGGGCAGAGAAAAGGACUUCAUCAUCCUGUCCUGUGUCAGAGCCAACGAGCACCAGGGCAUUGGCUUCCUCAACGACCCACGCCGUCUCAACGUGGCUCUCACCAGGGCCAGGUAUGGGGUUAUCAUCGUGGGCAACCCCAAGGCCCUGUCCAAGCAGCCUCUGUGGAACCACCUGCUCAACUACUACAAGGAGCAGAAGGUUCUGGUGGAGGGACCCCUCAACAACCUGAGGGAGAGCCUCAUGCAGUUCAGCAAGCCCCGCAAGCUGGUCAACGCCAUCAACCCUGGGGGCCGUUUCAUGAGCACAGCCAUGUAUGAUGCAAGGGAGGCUCUUAUUCCUGGAUCUGUGUAUGACCGCAGCAGCACUGGACGUUCAUCCAACAUGUACUUCCAGACCCACGACCAGAUCGGCAUGAUUGGCCCGGGCCCCAUGGCCUCCAUGAACAUCCCCUUCAACCUGGUCAUGCCCCCCAUGCCGCCGCCAGGCUACCUGGGCCAGGUCCACUGCCCCCCAGCAGGCCGUGGUGGAGGUAUGAAGGGUAAGGCGGGCGGCGGAGGGGCGCGAGGUGGGCGCCAGAGGAGCCGUGGCAUGGGGAACCACGGCGGAGGCAGCGGGCAGCACGGCCUCAUGAGUGGCAGCCAGGCCAGCCAGGACCUGGGCUCCCAGCCCUUCUCCCAGGGACCCCUCACCCAGGGCUACAUCACCAUGAGCCAGCCCUCCCAGAUGAGCCAGCCUGGCCUCUCCCAGCCUGAACUCUCUCAGGACAGCUACCUUGGCGAUGAGUUCAAGUCCCAGAUUGACGUGGCCCUCUCCCAAGACUCCACCUACCAAGGGGAAAGAGCCUAUCAACAUGGUGUGACUGGACUGUCCCAGUACUAGAGUGUUGUGGGAAAAGGAGCUAGGCCUGUGCUGAGCUUAGUUCGUCGCCAUUUUAAUCUGGGUAAUAUCAAAAAAAGAACAUAUGGAUACCCGUUUUCCACUGCUACAACUGAAGCACCACUGUGUGAAAGCAACAGGAGAGAGACAGAGAGAAACCAACCAAUCACAAGAGUGAGAGCAAAAUGGGGGUAGAGCUGGACAGGACAGGAGCGAGGAGGAGGGAGAGAGAAGGCGCUGCUCGCACACGGAGAAAAGGAGAAGCAGCAUACGUUGGGGUAGCAGCGUCGGAGCGACGAGCCCUUUGAUGAGUCGAGGGGUGAAAGGUCAUGGAUCCUCAAUGGGGUCACAGGAGUCACAUCCCUGCCACCUCUUCUCCCCCAGGGACCACGAGUUAGUUGGCUGAGGACAUUGUUCUCGGAGCAGAGAGACUGAGAAGAGUUCUCACACAACCCUCCAACCUCACUCUACAAAACCGUCUCCUGCCAGCUAGAGAGGGGAAAAAGGGGACGAAACUCUUGAAGCAGUCAGUCAAUUUGGGAAAAUUUCUAACCUCAAAGUUGAUCCGUGCUCAUGCUCUGCAUUUGAACAUGUUUGAGCGAGAGGAGAGAGGUUUUGGGCAGACCAAGAAUGGUCUUGUUGAACGUCUCAAACGGAAUCAAAUGGUGCAGGAGUCGGAAGAAUACUGACCAUUCAUCUUUUUCAACUUUGAGUUGGAAGGUUUUCUACAUGAGGUCUGUUGUUGCAGAGGUUUUGAAAGCUGGUGAAUUUCACUGGCUUUCCGCUCUGGUCUUUCUGAAGGAUAAGUGGUGGAAUGGCUCUUGAAACAAUUAAAGGAAACAUUAUUGUCUCGA